AUGCCCGAAACUCAACAUGACUACCCUGACGUUGUCGCGAAUUACUUGCUGCAGGAAUGUCUCGGGUCCGGAUUUUCAGGCUCCAUCUUUCGCGGUGUCAACGUUUACAACGGCCAACAAGCUGCUGUCAAACUUCAGCCCGUAGAUGUAGACUGUCCCACUAAUAUGUUCGAGCGCAACUUCUACCCUGCCAUUCAGGGAGGCAUGGGUAUACCAAGUCUACACGCAUGUGGUGUGCAAGGCAAAUAUGAUUACCUUGUAAUCGAUCUGCUAGGCCCCAGUCUUGAUUCACUCUUCCGCAAGAGUGGCAAGGAUGUCAUGGACCUACGGAGCGUAUGCUGUAUCGCAAUGCAAGUGAUCUCCCGAUUAGAGCACAUGCACGGCAAGGGCGUCCUGCACCGAGAUAUCCAGCUCGGGAACUGUGUAGUCGGACUAGGCUCCAACAAAUGGCUCAUCUACAUGAUUGAUUUUGGGUUUUCCAAAUUCUUCAUCGAUCAGACUACCAGACGACACAUACCUGAUAGCAAGGAGCCGCGCGACUUCAUUGGGAACUACUGGUUCACCUCUGUGGGUGUUCAUUGUAAGGGAAAAGUGCCCUCAAGGCGCGAUGAUAUGGAGGCGGUGGCGCUCAUGCUCAUUCAUCUGUUGACGCCUGGUGGACUCAGCUGGACACGUAACGGCGUCCCCAGGACUGACGCCGAACACGACCGCUUAAUCCGUGAGAAGCGCAAGGCCCGACCGGAAGACCUCUGCCGUGGGCUGCCCGCAGAGUUCGAGGAGUUCCUGCGGUACUGCAGGCGGCUGAAAUUCGAGGCGUGCCCGGACUAUAACUAUUGGGUGAACGAGUUCCGAGAGCUGCUCGGAGAGAAUGGCUACCCUACUUCCUCCAGAUUCGUCUGGCCGCCACUUGAUCCUAAGGUAUGUUGUCCUGCGGGGCGCACUAUGCCGCCAGCACGACGACCGCCAGCAAAUGACACCGACAUGGUGGGCAUUCUGAAUGAACUUGCCAAUCUCCAGAUAGGGGAGCGACCGGUGCUCGCAAAUCGCAACGCAAUGGUGAACGGCGUCCGUGUCAAUGCCGCAGAGGGCAAGAAGUCAAAUACUACUGAGACGACGAUCGUGCUCAGCAGCGGCGACGAGAAUACACAGGGCAAGGGGUCCGCACAACUCCCAAAGGCCGCACACCUGGCGAAAUUGAGGCGCACAGUAUCGCAAGUGACAAAUAACGAGGCCCUCGCGGAAGUUGUCGACGAGUUCGUGCAGGUCCUGCAGACACACCGCUCGCGGACGCUGACGAAGGAGGCUUUUGCCUUCUUGGACGCGCUGUACAAGCAGCUCGCGGACCCGUCCGUGUAUGUCCGGCCAAUGCGCACGUCACUGCCGCGGGAUAGCGCUGAGGCAAGGGAAAAUGCGCCGGUGCAGCGACGCUAUGCCAAACAGAACAAGCUGUGGCUCCUCCGGCGGGACGUGGCCCGCGCGCGGAACAAUCAGGCCAUCGCGCAGAUGGUGGUCGAGUUUGGGGCCACCAUAAAUAAAAGCAGCGGGCGAACGAUCACGAAGGAUGCAUUUGCCUUCCUGGACGGUUUGAGCGAACGACUGCGGACAUUGGCCUAG